AUGGCAACUUCUUCUUCCCCUUCGUCCACAGCGAUCCAGAUACCUCCACCGACCACCACCAAGGACGUCGACGACGACAACGGUGAGGUAACAGCCCCGGGCACGGUACCACCGCCAACGACAAUCCCUACCAUGGACAGGGUCAUGUCAAGCGUGACAAACCUUGCGCAGCUCCUGCCGACGGGCACCGUGCUGGCGUACCAGGCGCUAAGCCCGUCCUUCACCAACCACGGCAAGUGCGAGACCUCCAACCAGUGGCUCACCGUGGCGCUGGUCGCCGUCCUCACCGUCAUGUGCCUCUUCUUCUCCUUUACCGACAGCAUCGUCGGCCGUGACGGCAAGCUCUACUACGGCGUGGCCACGCCGCGCGGCUUGAACGUGUUCGACUUCUCCAGCAAGGAAGAGAGGCAGGAGUGGAGCGGAGACGAGCUCCGGAGUCUCCACCUCCGGCCGUUGGACUUUGUUCACUCCUUGUUCGCGGCGGUGCUUUUUCUCACGGUGGCGUUCAGCGACGUGGGGCUGCAGGACUGCUUCUUCCCGGACGCCGGCAGGAACGCACAGGAGCUGCUCAAGAACCUGCCGCUGGGCAUGGCGUUGCUAUCCACCUUUGUGUUCACCAUCUUCCCCACCAAAAGGAAGGGCAUCGGAUUCAGCGACACAGCUCCUCGCCAGAAGGUCGAUCACUUAAACUAA